AGAACCCCUUGGAGGACCAGAACGAGACAAUGGUUCUUGCCAGCUCUACCACCAGCAUCCACACCAUGCUGCUCCUGCUCCUGAUGCUCUUCCACCUGGGACUCCAAGCUUCAAUCAGUGGCCGGGAUACCCACCGUUUAACCAGAACGUUGAAUUGCAGCUCUAUUGUCAAGGAGAUUAUAGGGAAGCUCCCAGAACCUGAACUCAAAACUGAUGAUGAAGGACCCUCUCUGAGGAAUAAGAGCUUUCGGAGAGUAAACCUGUCCAAAUUCGUGGAAAGCCAAGGAGAAGUGGAUCCUGAGGACAGAUACGUUAUCAAGUCCAAUCUUCAGAAACUUAACUGUUGCCUGCCUACAUCUGCGAAUGACUCUGCGCUGCCAGGGGUCUUCAUUCGAGAUCUGGAUGACUUUCGGAAGAAACUGAGAUUCUACAUGGUCCACCUUAACGAUCUGGAGACAGUGCUAACCUCUAGACCACCUCAGCCCGCAUCUGGCUCCGUCUCUCCUAACCGUGGAACCGUGGAAUGUUAAAACAGCAGGCAGAGCACCUAAAGUCUGAAUGUUCCUCAUGGCCCAUGGUCAAAAGGAUUUUACAUUCCUUUAUGCCAUCAAAUGUCUUAUCAAUUUAUCUACUUUCUGAAAUUUACAACUCUCCUUUGGCUUUACCUAAUUAUGUUCCUAUUUUAUUCCAUUAAGGCUAUUUAUUUAUGUAUUUAUGUAUUUAUUUAUUUAUUGCCUUCUGUGAUGUGAGUAUAUCUGUUUUAGCUGAGGAGGAGUUUCUCCAAAGAAAAUUCCAAGGAAGACUGGGGCCAUGUUCAUUUGUCCCUUGUGGAAAUAAAUAACUUUGAAC